AAUUUCUCACUAUUUCACUUGUACACAUGCUAUGGUUCAUCAGGUAGUUUCGAGAACUAUGGCUGACCUUCUAGGAACUGUUAGGAGUAGUAUCUCCACCUAGAAAGGGAAGCUCAAGGCACCAAGCUCAGCCAUACAAUUGCGGCUGAGGUGCAUCUCCAGCCUCAUUAUCUAUGAGUUGCUAUUUGCUGGCUUUCUGGCAAUAUUUAUCCUAGGCACCCAAGGCUGCCAAUUUGCACAGCUCAUCAAUCUCCUUCAUUGUGCCAGACAGAAUUCUACUAUACUGGCUGUUUGGCAUGAUCAGUCUGUUACCAAAAUGCAGCUGUACGAAUAUGCAGUGAUUCAGAGCCGCUCAAAUGUUAUUUAAAGCACGCGCUUCUCUCUGAUCGCCCCAAGUACGACGCGAUAUCAUACGCAUGGGGAGACCCUAGCAAACCAAGAGAGAUUCUCUGCUCUGAGACUUACUCUAUCCCCAUCACCGAGAGCCUCUUCACAGCUCUCCGACAUCUGCGCCAUGAGAAUGAGGAGAUCGCCAUCUGGGCAGAUGCUGUAUGCAUCCAUCAGGGCUCUGACACGGAAAAGAAUCACCAGCUCGCUUUGAUGGGAAAGAUCUAUUCAAAAGCCGCACGAACUUUGGUUUGGUUGGGGGUAGACAAAACCGACUGUGCAGCUCAUGCGUUCCAACAAAUCUCUUACUUGUCCCAGAGCGUAUUGAGAGGUGCCACCUCAAAUGAAGAUGUUCGUCAACGAGUCCUCGUUGCAUAUCAAGACGAGGGCUACGAGAAUUUUGAAGCGUGGUACAUGACAUUCAUCGAUAUGAUUGCGCCCAUCCUCGGAAGCUCGUAUUUCUACCGCCUUUGGGUGGUUCAAGAAUUUGCCCUGGGGAGGAACACACAGCUCGUGUUUGGUACAGCAAUGGUGUCGAUGUACGAGUUUAUCUCCGUCAUGUAUGACUUCGCAGGUCUCGAACAAGGAUCUUUAUUCCAAGAAAGAUACAACUUCCAUGCUCUAUGCAAUCUCUUGGACAUGGAUAGCAUCAGAAGAAGCUAUCAAGAAAGGAUAUCCUUUGACACCAACGCUAUCAACAUUUCAAGAGCAACCAGUGUUCCCCGAAUUCUCGAGUUAAUUCGUCAAACCGAGCGUCAAUUCUUCACUGAUCCCAGGGAUCGCUUAUUUGCAAUACUCAGCCUUACUACAACGCCUGGAUUCUCUGCUGAUUAUACUUUGACCGUUGAGGAGACAUUCAUGGGGUUCGCUUCCUGGACUUUAACUUCGUUUCCAAGUCUCGCCCUCCUAUCAGUCGCUCGCGGCUUAUCAAAUACAAAAUUCGAGCUGCCCUCAUGGACUCUUGCUCCCGACAUGGCUGGGCUCGACUCCGUAGAAUUGACAGGACCUUGGGAAGCUCCGCCCCGACUGUCUAAUAUGCCGCCCUGUGGACUACCCAUGAGCUUUCUACAUGUUGGCCACUUCAAGGCUUCUGGAAUUGGCCCAUUGGAGAUUGUGCCUGACUACAGUGUAUAUUGGUCAAUUGGAGCUGAAAACGUCCUUCAACUAAAAGGCUACAUUCUUGACAGUGUUCACACCAGAGGUGAUCGUUGGCUAAACACUGCGACCUCGAGAGACAGGCGUCGGUCCCUGAUCGAAGCAGUCACCCUCGCCAAUUGCGAGACCCUAGAUUUUGGAGACGACAGAUACCGGCGAUUCUGCGCGGCAAUGACUUUCGAGCUGAGCAGAAACGAUACGCCCGCGCUUCCCACCCAGCAUGCAGAUUUCAACCAAUAUAUUCGUGGAAUAAUAUAUGGUUCUGAGACCAGAGGACAUCGCGAGGAGAUCUGGGACGACGAUGCGAUCUUUACAGAGAUGUAUUCACGGUGGGCACGGUAUCGUUUCUUCAGCCUCACUACUUCGGAUCGCUUCGCUUGGGUUCCACAUCUGGCAGAGUCCGGUGAUAAGAUCUGCAUUGUACGAGGAUCGCGUAUACCGUAUGUUCUUCGACCGCAGCCAGAUGGCAGAUUUGUGCUGGUUGGGGAAUGUUGGAUUCAAGGGUACAUGCGAGGCGAGGCACUGGAUUUGCCUGGGUUCAGGUGGGACGAUAUAUUCUUAGUGUGAGGAAUUUUCAGAUUUGAGAGAUGAGAGAUUAUGGCUCUCAUUGGAAUCUGGAAGACUGGUAUGAUAAUGAACUAUGUAUAUUGUUUUUCAUGGAUGAGCUAGGUCGCGUCGAUUGAUUGAUUGUUGUAUUUAGAGUAUAGGAAGAGCUCGCUUAACCGGGGUGAAGAGAACUGCGACGUGCAACACAAGCUCUUAGAUGGAGCUAGUUGGGUUGUUGCAUGGUUGGUUAAAACGCGAGUAGUGAAAGGUGAAUGGCUGGCUUGCUGGAUUUGGUUUGGUGGUGACGCUCGACAGGGAGUUCAGGUCCACGAUGGCAAAGAGAGACAGAUAGCUUGCGGGUUUCGAGGAUAUGUUGAUAACUGACUUUCAUGACCAUGACAUCUAGAUUGGAGACAAGUACAGUAUUGUAUGAAGAGGCUGCACUCAUACUCUGUUUCAGUGUAUUUUGCUGACGGAGAAACAGAAAUCGCUGGACGCAGCUGCUUGGGCAUAGAACUUGAAGGAUAAUGUAAUAUGGUUUCAUUUUAGAUAUCAAGUACUAGCUAGCAUAUAGAAGAGU